GUGGGGCGCCUGGAAACUGGUCUGAGCAGAGCUGAGGGAUUGACACAAAUGGUCGGAGUGAGAGAGAAACUGCGGGGUGUUGUAUCGCGUCUGCAUCUGUUUAAAUUCUCGUUUCACCUAGAAAUCAUCGGGGAGAGGAGAGGACGUGGGUAUCAGAGUGGCCAGAUGUGCGGCUGUUGUGAUCGCUAAAGUUUACCUCAGCACAAAUACGAGAAAUCUGGAAGAGAAGGAAAGAGUCGGGGAGAAGAAAGCAAAGAAACUAGUUUUGAAAGACUCGCAAAAGUAUGGCUGGGCGCAGUUACCCUAUGCUGGAUUUUCCAAGACUGACGCGAAUGCUCUGGCCGCUAGUGUAUAUCUUGUUUUGGGGACUUUGGGGCGCUUGCGGACAGUAUAACAGCGAACGAGGUAUUUCAAUCCCGGAGCACGGAUUUUGUCAGCCAAUUUCUAUACCUCUUUGCACGGAUAUCGCUUACAACGAGACCAUUAUGCCUAAUUUACUGGGCCACACGAACCAGGAGGACGCUGGGUUGGAGGUGCACCAGUUCUACCCGCUGGUGAAAGUUCAAUGCUCGCCCGAUCUCAAGUUUUUCCUGUGUUCUAUGUACGCACCGGUGUGCACAGUACUGGAGCAGGCGCUACCCCCUUGCCGGUCACUGUGCGAGCGGGCGCGGCAGGGCUGCGAGGCGCUCAUGAACAAGUUCGGCUUUCAGUGGCCCGACACCCUGGCAUGCGAAGCGUUCCCUGUGCACGGAGCCGGCGAGCUGUGCGUGGGGCAGAACAAGUCGGACGGGCCCACGCUGUACCCAACCCCCUCUGCUCCCGAAGGAACCAUGAGCCCCAAGGGCUCCAAUGGACAAUUCAUUUGCCCCCGAGCCCUGAAGGUGCCCACCUACAUGAACUACCACUUCUUGGGACAAAAGGACUGCGGGGCUCCCUGCGAGUCUUUGCGAUCCAACGGGAUGAUGUACUUCAGCCAGGACGAGCUGAAAUUCGCCCGCAUUUGGAUUGGGAUUUGGUCCGUACUGUGCUGUGCGUCCACCCUUUUUACCGUGCUCACUUACCUGGUGGACAUGAAGCGCUUCAGCUACCCCGAGCGCCCCAUAAUCUUCCUGUCUGGCUGCUACACGAUGGUGGCCAUCGCCUACAUCGCCGGCUUUCUGCUGGAGGACAGAGUGGUUUGUAACGAGAAGUUCGCGGACGAGGGUUACAGGACAGUGGUGCAGGGCACCAAAAAGGAAGGCUGCACCAUCCUCUUCAUGAUGCUGUACUUCUUCAGUAUGGCCAGUUCCAUAUGGUGGGUUAUUUUGGCUUUGACUUGGUUCUUGGCGGCUGGCAUGAAAUGGGGGCACGAAGCCAUCGAAGCCAACUCCCAGUACUUUCAUUUAGCGGCGUGGGCAGUGCCAGCUAUCAAGACUAUCACCAUCCUGGCAGUGGGGCAAGUCGAUGGGGACGUGCUCAGCGGAGUGUGCUUCGUGGGCAUAAACAACGUGGACGCGCUGCGAGGCUUUGUGCUUGCACCCCUCUUCGUUUACCUGUUCAUCGGAACCUCUUUCUUGCUAGCCGGCUUCGUGUCCCUGUUUCGUAUCCGGACGAUCAUGAAGCACGACGGUACCAAGACGGAGAAACUGGAGAAACUCAUGGUGAGGAUAGGCAUCUUCAGCGUCCUCUACACCGUGCCGGCCACUAUCGUUAUCGCCUGCUAUUUCUACGAACAGGCGUUUCGAGAACAGUGGGAGAAAAGCUGGGUGUCGCACAGUUGUAAGACCUAUGCGAUCCCCUGCCCGUCCAGCACGCACCCCCACAUGACUCCGGAUUUCACGGUCUUCAUGAUCAAAUAUCUCAUGACUCUCAUUGUAGGAAUCACUUCGGGCUUUUGGAUUUGGUCCGGCAAAACGCUCAAUUCGUGGCGAAAGUUUUAUACGAGACUGGCAAACGGUAAGCAGGGGGAGACGACAGUGUGAAGGCGGGCUCCCCUCGGCGCGAGCCGCUACGGACAGACUGGCAUUUUUUUUAACGUUGUAUGGUAUGUUGUACAUAGCAGCCGUGAGAGUUUUUGUAACUAUAUAUUUGUAUUUAAAACGAACAAAAAAAAAAAACACAAAAGAGGAAAAAAAAGCAAACAAGACAUUUUCACCUUUUCAAAUUGUUUUACGUUGUUUUGUAAAAAAACAUAAAACAAUAUAUAAAUAUAUCUAUGAACUAUAGACGAGCAGUUAUCGUGUUCUUCCUGUACUAAUAAUGGGUUCCAAUAUUAGUUCCAUUGGCUUGGAGAGACUGCACACUGAAGAGCCAAGGACCCCCAGUUGGAUUGGGGUGUUUUAUUAUUUUUUUUGUUUGUUUCAUUUUUAACAACCUGUGCCGCUUUUUUCCUUUUGUUUUUUUUUUGUGUGCAACACACUUCGCUUUAUUCUAUUUUUGCCUGCUUUGUUUGAUUCAGUUGGAGUAUUAUGGGCCCUGAAGUCCGCUUGGCCCCUUAAACUCCCCCCACAUCCCCAAUAAUGAUGAGCGUGUGUUUGUAUGCAAGAACCUAUGGAUGUAUACUUAUUCUUAACACUGUCUCUCUUUCUUAUAACAUGUUGUAUGAUUGCGUGCGUGUUUGUCUUUGCAUAGAUCAGUAACCUUUGUGUAAAUAUAAGUGCGUUAAUCUCUUCUGAGAAGGGAAGAAUACAAAAAGUUGUGUGACUCCAGAGUUUGUUAAUCAGCUUUUUGCAAAGUUGAAUGGCACACUCUUUUUAACAGUUUUUGUCUGUAUAUCUCCAUAGCAGCUCCAUUUACACAAAUAACUCCUUUUCAGAUAUUGUUGGGGAAGAUACACUGCUUUGGAAUCCAUAUGGUGUUGAGCAAAAUGCCAGCAAUGUCUUAAAUUUGGAUUCCCUCUCUCUUUUCCUCUUGCAAAACAAACAAAUAAGGUUUUAAAAGAAGCUUGUGGUAUUCAACUUUUUUUUUCCCUCCCCUUUCUUUAAAUCCUAUUAGCUAAUGUGUACUGGUAAAGUCCUCUAAACAAUAUGCAAGUUGCACUGUUGGCAUCUAAGACUUUUUUUUGUUGUUGUUUUUAAGCCAGCAACACAUUUUCUCCAUUUUUAUACAAUAUACUAAAUAGGGUUAGCUGAUAAAUAUUCUCGUAAAUGUCCAUUUUAAGAAAUGUUUUAAGAAUGGAUUAAAUGUUUCGGUUUUAAGCAUUAAAAACGUGGCAGGGAUUUUUUUGCUCCCCCCCCCCCCCCCCCAUGAUAUGUUUAUGAAGGAUGUUGAGUCUUAACUUGUUCACUUUUUUAUUUUGUGUGUUCUUUGGAAUAUCAUUAUAGAAUAUGUUUAAAGGUUGAAAACCUAAUAAAUAGAACACUCAAUAAUACUGCGCAUCUGAACAAGUUUAUAUAUCGAAUGGGGUGAUGUGCGAAUUCCAAAAUACAAUUUUUGUAUGUGGACUAUUUUAAUUUAUGAUACUAUUUUUUGGCAGUGUCCUGAUGUGGAUUUUUUUUUUCCCUCAAAGAAGUAAACAAAAGUAUUGACUCUGGAUACUGCUUCGUGGCAUUUUGCACUUUCUAGAUAAGUGAGUGGGGUACUCGCCAAGUGAGCAAAUAUCGUGCCUCUUAUUUUCUGUUAAACUUUUUUUUUUUUUUCUUUCUUUUACCCCAAGACUAUAAUAUGAAAAACAGUCUGUCCUUUCAGCGGCUGCCGAGAAGGCGUUAGGACCUUAGGGAGAGGUCUUUUGUUAGCUCAGCUUUGUAUUGCUGCACGUUAAGUUCAAAGACUUGUCUUCAGUAAAAGCUAGCUGAUUUGUUGCACAAAUCACAAUAUGUAUAUUGAAACACACACACACACACUUUCUAAUAUAAAGCAGUGGAUCUUUUAAUAAGGAUGCACCUCUUCAGUGAUCUUCUUGAUGUAAAAGGAAGUUUUUUUUUCUGGAGAAUCUUCAUUUUUUUUCUCUUGCUAUUUAAUGUGUUUGUUUGAUUUGCUUUAAAUGCUCUGUUGCAGUUGUCUUUUUUUUCUUUGUUAUUGUAAAAACUAUCAUGAACUGAAAACACAACUGCCACAUCCAUAUUGAGCAAAAACAUUGGAAAAAUGUUUUUUCCUUUUUUCAAUAUCAAAUAUUUUAUAUUUAUAGAAUGAUAGGUUUAUAUAUUCAGUAUUUUUAAUUUGUUUAAAAAUAAAAGAAUCCAACUUUUGUAUAAAAGAAA